CCCAAAAGGCUGCAGCAUACCUUAGAACAAGUUAGUGAUGACAAAUAUUUACUUGAAAGCCAUCAGAUUGCUAUGGAUGUGGAGAAUAAUAUCGAAAAAUAUCCUAUCAACUUGCAGCCCCUGGAAUCAAAAGUGAAAAUUAUUCAGCGAGCAUGGCGCAAAUAUCUGCAGCAUCAGGAUUUGCCGCACCAGGACCACCUGGAGAAGCGCAGUCCAUCACCACCUUCCUUGUCAUCUGACAAAAUGAGCAGUUCAAUCAGCAUGAACACUUUUUCUGAUGGCAGCACUCCUGAUUACCGCGAGGAUGGGAUGGAUUUAGGAAGCGACGCGUGUAGCAGCCGCUCCAGCUCCGAGUCCAGCUCCAGCAAAGUCACCCCUUGCUCGGAGUGCAAAUCCUCCCCCUCCCCCAGCAGCCUGGACUUGGCGGCCCUGGAGGACUCGGAGGAGGAGGAGGAUUACCUGGGGUACGGAAGGAAGGGCACUGCCGCGUGGGAGGAGGACGGGCUCUGCACCGCCGGCUGCGAUGCCAAGGCUGCCAAGCGAAGGAGUUUGGCGGAGGAGCUGGAGGAUGUGAGAAGCACCAGCGCCUCCAACACCAUGCCGCCCCCCGCCCCCAACGGCAACCCCCCGCCCCAGGACCUCCGGCAGAACGGCAACGUGGUGCCCCCCAGCCGCAGGACGGGACACCGCGGGGCAGGAGGGCGCAAAGCCCAUCCCCAGAAAGCCCAGCCGGCUGUGGGGAGGCUCCGCGGUGGAGGGGGGGUCGCCCCCGGGCACCCCUUGGACAGCUCCACGGGGGGCACUUGGCUGAAAGAGCAGGAGCCUCAGCUCCCGACUAUGGACUGGGAGGCUUUGGAGAAACACCUGGCAGGGUUACAGUUUCAGGAACAGGAGGUACGAAACCAGAGCCAGAAAACAAACUACACCUCAGCUCAGAAAAAUGAGAGAGAAUCUAUCAGGCAGAAAUUGGCACUUGGAAGUUUCUUUGAUGAUGGCCCAGGAAUUUAUACCAGCUGUAGCAAAAGUGGCAAGCCAAGCCUUUCUUCUCGGCUACAAAGUGGGAUGAACCUGCAGAUUUGUUUUGUAAAUGACAGUGGUAGUGACAAGGAUAGCGAUGCCGAUGACAGCAAGACUGAAACAAGCUUGGAUACACCUGUGUCUCCAAUGAGCAAGCAAAGCUCCUCCUACUCUGAUAGAGACACUACUGAAGAGGAAUCCGAAUCCCUAGAUGACAUGGAUUUUCUCACUAGACAAAAGAAACUGCAAGCUGAAGCCAAAAUGGCUUUGGCUAUGGCAAAACCAAUGGCCAAAAUGCAAGUGGAGGUGGAAAAGCAGAACAGGAAAAAAUCCCCCGUAGCUGAUCUUCUGCCACAUAUGCCUCAUAUAAGUGAAUGCUUGAUGAAAAGAAGUUUAAAACCCACUGACCUGAGAGAUAUGACUAUUGGGCAGCUACAAGUGAUAGUCAAUGAUCUCCACUCACAAAUAGAAAGCUUGAAUGAAGAAUUGGUGCAGCUGCUUCUUAUUCGAGAUGAAUUGCACACAGAGCAGGAUGCAAUGCUGGUAGACAUUGAAGACUUGACCAGACAUGCUGAAAGUCAGCAGAAGCACAUGGCAGAGAAAAUGCCAGCAAAAUAA